UCCUUCCAUUUUUCUCUGCAACUCUCUUCCUCCCAUGAAAUGUCUCCAGCACCAACACUCUCUUUCUCUUCCAUUUCGUCAUCCAUCUCCACUUUCAGAAGAACCCCAACUUUCUCAUUGACGCCCAAUUCAAUUCUCAUUUCAACCCAUCUCAAAAUCAUGAACAUAGCUUCUUCUUCACAAUCACAAUCACAACCCAGAUCAGUGUUUGUUGUACCAAGCUUAGAUCCUGUGGAGACUGAUAAAACCACUGAUGAUACAUUUAGAAGAUACUACUCAAAUUGUAAUGUGACGAAAAGGAAGGGGGGCAACGGGGUUUCAAUUGUUUGGUUUAGAAAUGAUUUGAGGGUUUUGGAUAAUGAAGCUCUCUAUAGAGCUUGGAUGUCUUCUCAAUCCGUUCUGCCUGUUUAUUUUAUUGAUCCCAGGAAUUUUGGCACGACACAUUACUUUGGGUUUCCUAAGACUGGAGCUUCAAGGGCACAAUUUCUGAUUGAAUGCUUAGCUGACUUGAGAAAGAAUUUGAUGAAGCGAGGUUUGAAUUUGGUUAUACGACAUGGAAAACCCGAAGAUAUCCUCCCUUCAAUUGCAAAAGCUGUUGGAGCUCACACAAUUUAUGCCCAUAAAGAAUCUUGUAGUGAGGAGUUGCUCGUGGAAAGACUUGUCAAGAAAGGGUUGCAAAGACUAUCUCUAAAAUCAGAGGGAUCCACACCCACCAGUCGAAAUCCUACAAAUGUGAAGCUUGAGCUUAUUUGGGGAAGCACUAUGUACCAUAUUGAUGAUCUCCCAUUUAAUAUGAGUAGUUUGCCAGACAUAUAUACCCAAUUUCGUAAGUCUAUUGAAUCCAAAUGUGCAAUUCGUGGCUGCUUUAAACUUCCAGCGUCAAUCGGGCCACUUCCCAGCAAUGAUCUUGGAAAAAUUGGGGGAUGGGGAGAUGUACCUUCGCUUGACCAGCUUCGUGUCGUUCAUGUAGAGGCAAAAAAAGGAAUGUACUUUGUUGGUGGUGAAAGUGCAGCUCUGGGCAGAGUGUACGAGUACUUUUGGAAGAAGGAUUUGCUCAAGGUGUACAAGCAUACAAGGAAUGGUAUGCUAGGUCCUGAUUACUCAACAAAAUUCUCUCCAUGGCUUGCUUUUGGGAACGUCUCUCCACGUUUUCUCUAUGAAGAAGUAAAGAGAUAUGAGAAGGAUAGGCUAGCAAAUGAUUCAACAUAUUGGGUACUGUUUGAAUUGAUAUGGAGGGACUAUUUCAGAUUCAUUUCAAUAAAAUAUGGAAAUUCGAUCUUCCAUUUAGGUUGCAAAUUGUAUAUCAUUUGUGUCAUUAACUGUAUCUUUUACAAACAUAUAUUCGUGGGAAUAUAUUCAGGUGGACCGAGAGAAGUAGAGGCUAGGUGGAGCCAAGAUCUCAGUCUCUUCGAAUCUUGGAGAGACGGCCGUACAGGGUAUCCUCUUAUAGACGCUAAUAUGAAAGAACUGUCAACAACCGGUUUCAUGUCAAACCGAGGACGGCAGAUAGUUUGCUCGUUUCUUGUUAGAGAUAUGGGAAUUGAUUGGCGUAUGGGUGCCGAGUGGUUUGAAACUUGCCUCUUGGAUUAUGACCCAUGUUCAAAUUAUGGGAACUGGACAUACGGUGCAGGUGUUGGUAAUGAUCCAAGAGAAGAUCGAUACUUCAGCAUCCCCAAGCAAGCCCAGAAUUAUGAUCCAGAGGGCGAAUACGUCGCAUACUGGUUACCAGAAUUGAGAAAACUUCCAAAGGAUAAAAGGAAUUUUCCACAUGAGAAGUCUUAUAUCAAACAAAUUGUACCUCUGAAAUUUAGCAAGCCAAAUCAUGGUUAUGGUCAUGCAAAACCCACUCCAAGAAGAAAAUGAUGUAAUUCCGAAUGAACCAUUUUUCGUUAAAAAAAAACAUUUUAUUGAGUGUUCAUAAUAUAAUAAUAGGAAAACAUGCAGCUGGUCAUAUAAGUUUGCACUUACAAAGAACAAUGAACAGUUUUUCUCAUCGGAAGCUCUUGGAAAAAUCCGAGAUAUGUCAAGUCAAUCAUUAGCCAGAUGGAAUAAUGUGAGCCACAUAUUCAUGUGAUAUAUAUCUGGAUAUGGUACCCUGUCAUUUCACUUGGUGCAUAUGAGUACACCACUACACAGCUUAUUUUCAUUUUUAGAUUGAGAAAUCGGUCAGUCAUGCUUCUGCAGUUCCACCACCACCACCACCACCACGGCAACAAUAAAAUUGGUUCUUCCACAUUCAAUGAUAUAGUUUUCACCAAAAGAAAAAGCAAGUCUUUGAUAUUCCUCCAGCCUCUAAAUGCUGUUGAGAAUGAUUCUGAAUUCGAAUUGGAUAGGAAGAAGAAGGCGCGAGAGGCUCUAAAACAGCUUGACAACCAGCUUCAAAGCCUCACCACCACUACUCCACCCAACAUUAGGAGGGUCUCCUCCUCUCCGCCGAAAAACUUGGAUUCAAAGGCCGACAUAGAUAGAGAUAUGAUGAGGGAAGCACCGCCGGAGUAUUCUGAUUCUUUUUUUGCGUACUCGGCGUUUGCUCUCCUGUUUAUCUCAGUUUUCUACAAUAUAUUAUUCCUCACAGUUAUUAAACCAUCUAUUGAUGGACCAGCACCAUCUGCAUAUACUUAUAUUAACACUAAUCAAUCUGUAAAAGAAGCUCCAAGUGAGAAUGGAGCAGUUUCACCCUCACAGUAAAUUGGUCCGAUCGACUGACAAGGGAUAGAUUCACCCUCACAGUAAAUUGGUGAGAGCCUCUUCUUUCUUGCAACUUUUGUCCCAACAAUCGUUAUAUAUCGCUUUGAAUAAUCAUACUUAGUAUGGGUCACAACCAAUAAAUUUA